AUGGAGCAGGUGCUGUCGACUCAACCAGGCUACCGCUUAUCCAGGGACGACGCCCUGGACUGCACCACCCAGGUCGCGAGUGCUCUGUCCUAUUGCCACGCCAUUGAUGUUACUCACCGGCAGGUGUCGCCGAGGCACGUGUCGGUAGAGAUGGCGAGGAAUCGGAUCGUUUGCCGCCUGGUGGACUUCAGCAUGGCAGCCCGCGUUCCAGACUUCAGCACGCGGGAGACCCUGUGCGGCGCUCUCCCGUGCGUCGCUCCGGAGACAGCGCUGGAGGAGCCGUACUGGCCCAAGCCGGCAGAUUGCUGGAGCCUAGGGGUGAUGCUCUUGGAGGUCGUUGGUGGGCAGGGCUCGCUCGAGCUGUCGGUGCGGUGGCGCCGUGGCGCAUCCCUCGUGCAGGCCACGCGGGAGAUACUCGAGUUCUUUGCCCAAGCCGGCUCCCAUGCCCAAGCGAUGGCGAGCAUGGACGGCGUGCACGACGAGGCGGCGCUGGAGUGCCUCGAGGUCCUGCUGAGUCCCGAGCCCUUCCGCAGGGCGAGCGCCUCCGACGCGGUGGAGCUGCUGUCAGCCAGGCGCGGGUAG